AUGAAUUUUUUGUCCUCUGCUGUUACAGCGAUUAAACCCAGGUUAGAUGAUUCUGGAAUUGAUCGACUGAAUUAUUAUUAUUCUACUAUGGUUAUUAUGGUAUUAUCAUUUACCAAAGCAUGGGAACAAUACGCAGAAAAUUAUUGUUUUGUGUAUAAUACGUAUUGGGUACGACCUGAUGAAGAUGUUCCAGAUUCUGUGGAUACAAGAAUUGCACAACAAUUAAUUUACUACCAAUGGGUACCAUUCAUUAUGGCCCUCGAGGCAGCUUUGUUUUAUCUGCCGGUGGUAUUUUGGAGUCAAGUAAGUAACAAAUCCGGUUUGAACAUCGAAAAUCUGGUUCGAAUAGCGCUAGCGGCUGAGAUUGCCGAGGAUACAGAUAAAGAGAAGAAGUUGAAUGUAAUCUGUUCCCAAUUAGAAGCUAGCAUUGAACUGCAACAUUCACGAAGUGAAGGAGCAUCAUUUAUGAAACAUAUCGCUAAAUUUGGACAACUAGAUGGCACCUAUGUUAGCAAUGUUUACUUAAUGACAAAGAUUUCCUAUGUCAUUAAUCUUGCUGGACAAUUCUUUAUGAUGAAUAAGUUUCUGGGACAAAAUGACCCUUACUGGGGGGUACACAUUUUGAGUGAUAUCCUUACUGGUACAGAUUGGGAACUUAGCGGUAAUUUCCCUCGUAUAGCCAUGUGCGAUUUCCAGGUUCGUGUCCUCGGCAACCUACAACGAUAUUCAAUCCAAUGCGUAUUAUCAUUGAACAUGUUCAAUGAAAAAAUUUUCCUCUUCCUUUAUUUUUGGUUUAUUCUCGUCGGAAUAGCAACAGCCAUAGAUACGAUCAAUCUCGCAUAUUACACAAGAUUUGCACAACAAAGAAUGCAAUUUAUAAUUAAGCAAGUUACUCUAUAUGAAGAGAUGAUGAUGGAAGAUUUUUGUCUGCUUCAUAUAAACUCGGAUGUGGUAGUGAUUUUGAAAAUGAUUGGUAGCCAUGCGAAUGAAGUUAUUGCUACUGAAGUGGUGCAGCAGAUGUGGAAAAACUUCAAGAAACGACGAGAAGUGAAAGGAAACAAUGACGUGGCAUAUCGCGGAAAGAAAAGUAGUGACCACGAUGAGAUGAUGCCGUUAGUGUUUGCAUAA